AUGAUUAAACGCUUUAACGUAGACAUAAUUGAAAGUAUUCUUAUUGCAAUAGUGUUGAACAAUGUGGUGCACACAGCUGCGACCGACAUCUCCAUGGAGGAUGAGCUGGUGCUCGGCAGAGACGAUGACUCGGUCGACGGCGUCAACAUCUACAGCGAACAACCUUACUCAGUGCAGCAAACUAGUCUACGACAGAACGACGAUCGUGACGAUGACGAAGAUAUCAAAGCACUGUUAGAAGAAAAAUAUAAGUUUAAUAAUGACGAGACGUCCACGAGAUUCAAAGUGGCGCGCGAGGAGAGAGGAGAUUAUACAGUGUCUGACUCGAACGCAUCCCUUGUGCAUGAGCUGAUCUUGCGGCGAGGGAGCGAGUCCAACGCCACUCAGACAUUAUUCCCUGAGAAUGAUGAGCGUCACAUAGCUUGGGCGUUCCGGUCGUACGCGGUGCGGCGCAUCGUGGGCGGCAUGGAGACCAGCAUCAGCAUGUACCCCUACAACGUGGCCAUCUCGCGCAACGCCAAGCACUGGUGCGGCGGCUCCAUCAUCGACGAGCAGUGGGUGCUCACCGCCGGACACUGCCUUGAGUCGGCGUUCGACGGAGACAAGCGCAAACUUCAGCCGUUCAUCAUCAGAGCCGGCAGCUCGUUUCACAAUCGAGGCGGCUACCAGGCACGGGUCAAUAAGGUGUUCUUCCCGCACGAGUACGUCCCCGGCAACGCGGACUUCGACUACUCGCUGCUGCGGCUGGACCGGCCGAUGCCCAUCGGACGCAACAUCGCCGUGCUCAACCUGCCCUCCAAGGACUACAUGAUGCAGGACGGCGACAUCCUCAUCGUCACCGGCUGGGGCAGCACCGACGAGUCGGGCUACGGACACAUCCCGGAGCGCGUGCGCUUCGUGCCGGUGCCGGUGAUGCGGCUGGAGGACUGCCAGAAGUCCUACCGCUUCUACAUCACGCCGCGCAUGCUGUGCGCCGGCUACGCCACCGGCGGGAAGGAUGCCUGCAAUCACGACUCGGGCGGGCCGGCGGUGCGCGACGGCGUGCUGCUGGGCGUGGUGUCGUUCGGCGGCAAGCAGUGCGGCGACCCGCGCUCGCCCGGCGUCUACUCGCGCGUCUCCGAGAUCACGGAGUGGGUGGAGGAGACCAUCACCCGCAAUGAGGCCAGCGCCGUGCCCGAGCUGCAGCCCAAGAUCCUCAAGGCUCGCCAGCGAGAGAAGGAGCUGCAGAAAUUCAAGGCGCGAGUAGAAGACAAGAAAAAUAAGAUAAAGAGUUGGCUUCGAGAAACUCUGAAGUCUCCGACAUUCAUAGAAUUAGCCAAAAAGAAACUCAAAGAGGCGGGGUUCCACACGAGAAGGAUUAACGACUACGACACAAAUGCGAGUAACCUAGACGACAAAACAAUCGAUGAAAUAAAUCUAACGAAUAUGAUAAACGACAGGAUUAUUGAGGAAGGUGACGGCAGCGAGUCCGACAAACUGCUGAGAACAUUGGCGUUGCACGAAGUUAUGUUAAACGACCGCGAGACCGAGAUGUUCCCUCAAAGGGCGACGGACGACGAGGGCAGUGACAGCGGCGAGAGGUUUGUUGCUUAUAUUAGUGGAAGCUGA